AUGCCCAACGGAUGCUGCGGCGGUGGCAAUAAUUACUCCGUGUGCUGCUACAGCAGCCCCAAGACCUGCAAGAGGCCCAUGUGCUGCACCCCCAUGCAGUGCUGCAGCCCCUGCUGCACCCCCUGCUGCAUGCCCAUGCAGUCCUGCUGCAUGCCCAUGUCCUGCUGCUACACCAUCAGCAGCAACAACAGCGGCUGCUGCGGUGGAAGCAGCAGCGGCGGCUGCUGCGGCAGCAGCUGA